AUGGUUCUGCAUUACAAAGUGUUUUUCAGCAAGCGUGAUUCAGCCACCCGGACUGGGCCAGCUGGUCACGAUCACCUUAAGUGGGUGCCCACUUCCUCUACCAUGAUAUACGGUGACAAGGAUGCUGUUUUGGUUGACGGCCAGUUGACUACCAAAGCGUCACAUGAGCUUUUGGACUGGGUAGUUGAAAGUGGCAAAAACAUCACCCAUGUUUAUGUUACACAUGCCCAUGGCGACCACUUCUUUGGUAGUGCGCCCAUCCUGGAGCGGUUUCCUAGGGCGGUCCUGGUCGCAACGCCUGAAGUUGUGGCUAGGAUGAGGCUCGAGACUACACCAGAGCGUCUGACUGGACUUUGGGAAAAGUUCUUUCCGAACCAGAUUCCGCCGGCCUUGAGGGUCGCCCAACCCCUUGAGCAAGACUACCUUGAACUGGAAGGCGAAAAGUUGUUGGUGGUCAAGACGGGUCACACGGACACUGAUGACACGACAACUCUCUGGGUCCCUUGCAUCAAACUGGCUGUGACUGGCGAUGCUGUGUACGCAAACACGCACCCGUAUUUGGGAGAGUCUGGAACAGCCAUCAGGCGAAAUGAGUGGAUUGCAGCUCUGGAUACCAUCGCCGCACUCCAGCCUAAGCAUGUCGUGGGCGGGCAUAGUGACCCAAAGCGUCGGUAUGGGCCUGAAGCAGUCCAGGAUACCAAGACGUACUUAGAGAACUUUGAGAAACUGAGCGGUGAGACGAAGACAGCCGAAGAGCUGUACGCCCGGAUAAUGGAGAUUUAUCCCGAGCGACUCAACCCGGGUUCUCUAUGGGCAGGGGCCAUAUUAGUUCACCAGCCAUAG